AUGAAAUUCCUGUGGUUCAUCACCUUCCUGCUCGCGCUCGUCGGCAUGAUUGCUGGUGAUGCGUGCCCGAAAGGCUUCAAGUCGCAGAACAACAAGUGCGUCAGCCCGCGCCCAGUGCACGGCGACUGCCCGAAGGGAUCGACUUACAGCGCGAAAGUUAACCUGUGUGUUCACAACUAG